GUGAGGGUUGACUCUGAAGUACGUGGACUUGGACACUGUGUGCUGACAGGUAAUGGUACUGUUCUAGAUCUGGCUGUGAGCAUGUGGUUUAUUUUGGACUCCUUUGCAGAACAAACUCACCUGGCUUAAGGGCUGCUUUUACCUUGGAUCUGUCUGCCUGGGGAGCUUUGGCCACUGUGUUUUUUCAGGGAAUUACCAAAUGAGCUGCGUCAGGUUGGGCUGUGGGGACAGUGUAUGGUGAUUUCUCUGGCACUGCUGGUGGCUUGAAGGACCUGGUAGGUUCUUGUGGUGCAGGAGGACGGAGAUGGGAACAGAUGAUGCAUUUAGAGGUGACUGCUGUGACUUCAGCACCCUUGGCCCCCGGUGCCGUGCUUGGAGUAGCCUGUAUAUACCCCACAGAUUUGUGCUGCCUUGGGAAUUGCAGGUCCAUCGUGCAGAGGCCACGUGUGUCACAUGUGACAGUGGCAGUCCUUGGGCCACCCAGCCCCUCUGGUGUAGUGGUUGCUCAUGUGACAUCUCCAGCCUUGCAAGCCCUUUCUCUGUUGCUGUGCACAGCCAUUUGCGUCUCUGCUGCUGUGGAGCCGCAGGGGACACUUCCCCUGGGUGGUGGCUGGCAGGGGUGGAGCUGGGCUGCGGGACCAGUGCCACAGCACCUGCUCAGAGGUGCUCCAGUGCUGGCGGCGGCUGCAGGUGCAGGAGCAGACAGACAGGUGAGUGCCAUGGGCUCUUCUCCUUCCCCCAGAGGGCAAGGUUGUUCUCCUGGGAUGAGGCCACGUCAGAUGGGUUCCUUGUUGGUACCUUGUCUGCCUUGGAGCUGGGCUGGAGUGGCACUGGGCUCAGUAGGGAUGUCCACAGCUGGUCUGAUUGGUGGCUGCCAUGGUUUGGAAGGUCCGGUUGCAGCCGUGGUGGAUGACGAUGGCCCGUCGCCGAUGGCUUGUCCCGCCCGUUCAAGGCCUGCUGCUCUGUAUCUUGGCUCUGCACAUCCGUCUCCAGGACUCUCUUGCCCCAGCAGAGCACAACACAGUUGCCAACAGCACGGUGGUGGCUGCCAAGAACACCUUGUUGGUUGCUGCGGCCACCAAGAACACCUUGGUGACCACCAAGAAUGCCUCACUGGUGGCCACAGCUGUCAAGAACACCACCAAGGACGCCACAGUGGUGGCUGCCACCAAGAAUGCCUCACUGGUGGCCACAGCCGUCAAGAACACCACCAAGGAUGCCACAGUGGUGGCUGCCACCAAGAAUGCCUCAUUGGUGGCCACAGCCGUCAAGAACACCACCAAGGAUGCCACAGUGGUGGCUGCCACCAAGGAUGCCACAGUGGUGGCUGCCACCAAGGAUGCCGCAGCAGUGGCCACCACCGAGGAUGCUGCAGUGGUGGCCACCACCGAGGAUGUCGCAGUGGUGGCUGCCACCAAGGAUGCCGCAGCGGUGGCCACCACCAAGGAUGCCGCAGCGGUGGCCACCACCAAGGAUGCCACAGUGGUGGCUGCCACCAAGGAUGCCGCAGUGGUGGCCACAGCUGUCAAGAACACCACCAAGGAUGCCACAGUGGUGGCCACCAAGAAUGCCAGAGAAGUGGCCGCUAAGGAUGCUGCAGUGGUGGCUGCUAAGAAUGCUACAAUGGUGGCCACCACCAAGGAUGCUUCAGUGGUGGCCACCAAGAAUGCCAGAGAAGUGACUGCUAAGAAUGCCGCAGUGGUGGCUGCCACCAAGGAUGCCUUAGAGGUGGCCGCCAAGAAUGCCUCAGUGGUGGCCACUGCCAGCAACACUUUGGUGGCUGCCACCAACACCUCGGUGGUGGCCACUGGCAAUGCCUCAGUGGCCACCAACACCUCUGUGGAUGGUGCACAAGAGACAAUGCUCACCUGCCAGAGUUUUCAGUGCUCCGGGGAGAGGUGUUACCAGGAUGAAGCCCAUUCCAACAGAACAGUCACCUGCCAUAAUAAGACUUAUUGUGAGCUAUAUCGUUUCUCCAGUACAAACUACACAGCCAGGUGCAGCAGCAGGUGUGGUGUGGGGCUGUGCAGGACCAACAGCAGCGAGAGCAGGCAGCAAUGUGCCCUGGAGUGCUGUGCCACUCCACUGUGUCUGCAGCUCAACGCCAGCGCCUACGGCGACCUGCCACCCACCACUGCUCCACCAACAACUGCCACCACCACCCACCGACCUCCCUCCCAAAACGGAAAAGUGUGCACAGCAUUCUCCUGUCAUGGGGAUGGGUGUUUCAAAGGCAGGAAGACCAUCACUAGAUGCAUCUUGGGGCAGGACUUCUGUGAGAUGAAGAAGACGGGCUUGAAUUACAUGGCUGGAUGUAGCAAAACCUGCAAGGCUGCCAAACCAGUCUGUGCCAGUGGGAUGAAGGCUGCCUGUUACCAGGAAUGCUGCCCAGCCAUCCCAAAAGCCAGUUGUCUGAAACUGGAUGGCAAAAUUCAUAUCAAUAGCUCUGGGCAGGUGAUACUGGCCCCAUUCUUGAAGGUCAUGGCAUGUGGGGUGGUCCUUGUCCUGAAUUACAGGGCCUUCACUUCCCUCUGGGGGUAGGCAGUGGUCGGGACCCUCCACAGCCUGCCCUCCUGCAACAGAGCUCUGCAGCAGCGCUUGGUAGGAUCCUGUUGCUCUCUGACUUCAGCCAAGGCCACUAUCACACACUCUCUGUCACAUCCCUGUCACACUCAGAAAGCUACAGCAAGGGAUUCUGCCCUGCCCCGCCCAAAUCCUGUAGGCCUGAGAGACCUGCAAACUAAUUGCGAAUCCUGAGAGCCAUGCAGUGUGUGCCUCCGUGCUGCUGGAAUGAGGGACCAGGAAUGAGAAGGUGUUAGGCCUCCUUAAAAAUCAGAAAAUUCUGCCUUGACUGAAGGCACAGGGGCUUCUCUAGUCAAUGACCUGCUUGUGGUACAGCCUCCCUGGACCCCCUGUGACCUGUAUAGUUCUGAGCAGUUUAGUUCUGAACUGCUCUAGCAAUGUAAUGCCUCUUGCCUGGGUGAGUAAAAUGUUUUGUCUCCAAAUCCUAGGCAGGAAAAUGGGAUUACUCUAAAAGUAUCUCAUGUUUUAGAUGAUCCUGUUUCACAUCUGUGGUUCUCUGUUGCUAGAAGCAGAGCCCAGAUGUGAACCUGUGACGUAAACACCCCCAGUGCUCCUCGAGCCUGUUCUUGCAGCGCACAGAGCUGGUGCAGACCUGGUUGGGCAGUCAAGGUUCUGCCAGUUGUGCACAUGCUCAUGGCGCUGUCCCCUGCAACCGCUCUCCUCUGCCACUGCUGGCUCCUUAGAGAAAAGAUUGCAAAAUAUUAAAGUCUGUGUUUCAGCCCUCUG